AUGACAGCGGCAGUUGCAGAAUCAUCGGUGGAUGCGCUGGGAUCCCGAGAAAGAACUCCAGUGACUUUGGCUGUCAGGAAGUCUUUAAAGAGAACACAUGACCUUUUCGCGGGGAACGAGGAGUUGAAGCGAGUGGAGGAUUCUCGGGGUACAGCGGCUUUGCUACGGCUCAAGAUGAAUGACGAGUACCAGCACAUUCGGGACGUACCCGAGCAAGUCACGGACGAGACUGUGACAGC